ACAACAUCCAUGCCAGAAACCGUCUAUGUCCCUACUUCUCCCCCAAACCAGGCUGCACAGCCGCUGCAGCCAGCUGAGCUCACUGAAGAGCAGCAAAAAAUGCAAGAAACUGUCUUAUCACACUUUUCCGACCCAGAUUUCAAGCCAACCGGUUCAGAGACAGGACUGUCCGAUGAGGAGAAGAUGUGGGUCUCUCAUGAGUGCAUUCUGAGGUACCUUCGUGCCAGUAAAUGGAAGGUCGACGUUGCCAAAGCUCGCCUCGAUGCCACGUUGGCCUGGCGGCGACAAUACGGAAUAUAUGACAAAUUAAAGGCCGACUAUGUCGAGCCUGAGGCGGUCACAGGGAAGCAAAUUAUCUUCGGCCACGACGUCAAUGGCAGCCCAGGUCUUUAUCUUCUGCCUUCAAGACAGAACACAAACGAGCCUCCACAACAAAUAGAAUUCACUGUGUGGAUGUUGGAGCGCUGCAUCGACAUGAUGCCUGCCGGGGUCGAAUCGCUCGAUCUUCUCGUCGACUAUGCAGAUAAAGCCAAAAACCCAUCUUUCGGUACCGCCCGUGCGGUGCUUAACAUCCUCCAAGACCAUUAUCCGGAGCGACUCCACUACGCGCUGAUCCUCAAUGUCCCUUUCCUCUUGAAUGCAUUCUUCAAAUUCAUAACGCCGUUCAUCGACCCCGUCACCCGUCUCAAGAUGAAGUUCAAUCCAAAAGUUGUCGAGGACGGUAUCUUUGAUUCGAAAAUGGUCACGGAAAGGUGGGGCGGAGACGUGAUUGUCGACUACAAGCAUGAGCAGUACUGGCCUGCUCUCGUCGAUAUCACAAACGAGCGGCGAGCAUUGUGGAUGAAGAAUUGGCAAGCACUAGGGGCGAAAGUUGGCUUGAAGGAGGCUGAUUACAAAAGAGUAGCAGAGGAAAAGGUCCAUGAAGAGGCCCCGGAGCCUGCUCUUCCCGUCGAUGAGGCAUGA